AUGAAGAAAGUAUUAUGUUUGGUCUUCCUUACUUUCACGUUGGUCCUCAGCCAUCAAGAUGUGAAUAAGAGAGGGGGCGCAGGUUCCAAAGAAAAACUUCAAGUCACUCCACAAAAUACAAACCAGGCACUUGCUAAUCUGAUGACUGCAGGCAAGCCUAUCAUCGAUACCGAUGGAUCAGGGAUAGUUUCUCCGUAUUGUAAUAGCGGGGACAUGGCACCUCGCUGUAAACUUGAUAAAGAUGGAGGUUACUUCUGCAAUUUCGAACACACAACCUGUUAUGCUACCGGCGCGGUAGCUACAAAUGAAGUGAAAGUGUAUUCAAAAACUCAUGAACUUAGCGUCCCAACUGGCAGCGAUCAAUGUGCUAACCGACCAGAAUUUCAAGCCAUUUUUCUUCUUUUCGCCGAAAAGGGAGAUACGUACACGUUCCUUAAUCCGAGCGUGGCUCCUUGGUUCUUUACUGCCCCGCUUGGC